GCGCCCGCCUCCGCCUCGCCUCCUGCCUUCCCGCUGCCCGCGGCCUCCGGACGCCACCAUGCCCGGGUAGCAGCCGGAGCAGCAGCGGCGGAGGCGGCGUUCCUAGCCCGCCUGCGGACCCCUGCCUUCCUUCCCUCCCUCCCCCCGGGCGCGCGUCCCUCUCCAUCCUCCCGGCGGGGGAGGCUCCUGCGGUGCCUCUUCAAUGGGCAGUUUGCUGAGCGGGGUCAGCUUCAAGGAGCCCACCACGGUGGAGGACUGCGACUCUACGUGGGAGACGGACUCGGAGCCGGAGCUGCAGCAGCCGGGGGCAGCCGGAGGAGGAGAGGGGCAGGCGCUCGAGGGCCCGGGGGGUGGUGGCGCAGAAGACCACCCAGCUGAGGAGGAACCCCAGCAGCAGCAGCAAGGAGAACCGCUCCCUGCGGCAAGCCCCCGGCCGGAAGACCCCGAGCCCCGGGAAGAAGCAGCAGCAGAGGAGGCGGCGAAAGAAGAGCUAGAAGGAGAGGAGGAGGAGGACGGCGAAGACGAUGAGGAAGGCGGAGGGGCGCGCGAAGAAGCAGAAGCUGCCAGCAGCGACCAGGGGGAUGAUGCAAUUGAAGUGACAGCUAAACCAAAGAGAAGCUUUUAUGCUGCAAGAGAUUUGUACAAAUAUCGGCACCAAUAUCCACAGAACUUUAAAGAUCUACGAUAUCAGAAUGACUUGUGCAACCUCCGCUUUUACAAGAAUAAAAUUCCCUUUAAGCCUGAUGGUGUUUAUAUUGAAGAAGUCCUAAACAAGUGGAAAGGAGACUAUGAAAAGUUGGAGCACAACCACACUUACAUACAGUGGCUUUUUCCUUUGAGAGAACAAGGACUAAAUUUCUAUGCAAAGGAAUUAACAACAUAUGAAAUAGAGGAAUUCAAAAAAACAAAAGAAGCAAUUAGAAGAUUUCUCUUGGCUUACAAAAUGAUGCUGGAGUUUUUUGGAAUAAAAUUAAUUGAUAAAACUGGGAAUGUAACACGCGCUUCUAACUGGCAAGAGAGAUUCCAGCACUUGAACGAGUCCCAGCAUAACUACUUGAGAAUCACCCGUAUUCUCAAGAGUCUUGGUGAACUGGGAUAUGAGAGUUUCAAGCCUCCUCUUGUAAAAUUUAUUCUUCAUGAGGCUCUUGUGGAAGAUACCAUCCCCAACAUUAAGCAAAGUGCUUUGGAAUAUUUUGUGUAUACCAUCAGAGACCGAAGAGAGAGAAGAAAGCUUCUUCGAUUUGCCCAGCAGCACUAUACACCCUCUGAUCAUUUCAUAUGGGGUCCACCAAGGAAACAGAAGUGUGAAGGAAGUAAACCGAGUAAGAAGUUGGCAUCUCCCGUUUCUCUUCGCAACAGCUGUACUUCUAAACAUAAAAAGACAAGAGACUCCAAGACUAUAUCCACAGUGUGUAACUCCAGUGGCAAACCAAUGGAUGAAAAAAGGGCAGGACCUAUUAAAAAUGAGGAUGAUCACACUAGGAAACGCAGCAGCUCCGAGAAUGCUAAGCAGAGCAGUGGUGAAAAGAAUAGUGACCUUGAAUGUCCAAACAAACUGGAAGGAACAGUCAGUCCUUCAGACCAAAAGGAAGAUAUUUCCCAUUUCAAAAAACAUAAAGGUAAAAAUGAUGAAAAUCUGAACCAACACUGUAGAAAUCCAGAAGCUGUAGAAAAAGAUUCUUGCGAUAGUCAUCCUGGUCAAAUUGAUACAUCAACUAAUCUGCAACACAGUGUAGGUAAGGAUAAAAGCCCAGUGAGAUCAAACUCAAAAAGCAAAGAGGAAACUCCUGCAUUAACAGAAACAUCCCAGUAAACUCAAUCUCUCCUGCUGAACAUGACAAGAUGGUGGAUUCUUUCACUUCUGUGAAACUGGAUGAGAAAAGAAUAUCUUGGUACUAGGCUGGUCACCAAAUUUGGCAGUUUAGGCUUUGUGGAGUUGUACGGUUUAUUUGACUCAAUUUGCACUUUUGAAAGGUGUGUAUUGCUUAAAAACUGUAUAAUAUUCAGGCUUCAGGAAAAACUCCUUUGAGAAGUAUGCUCUCCAUUGAUUUUCUAUCUGUUGUUGUUUUUGUAAACCUCAUGGUCCAGCCAAAUUUUUGAGGAGUUGGGGAUUGGGAUAUCCCUGGUACUUGGCAUUCUGAUCUUUCCCAGUGCUUCUUCAUGCCUGCCAUUGCUUGAAAAUCAAAAGGAGGUAGAUCUAGGCUGCAUCUCUAUUUGACCAGCAGAGUUUGGCAUGGGUUCAAGUCCUACCUCUGUUGUGAAUCACACUGUGAAGAAAAGUUGUUUUCUCCCAAGCUUGGUUCCUCAUGGGCAAAAUGGGAAUAAUUCAGCUCUUAGGGUGGUGGUUGAGAGAAAACGCAAGAUGGUAAAUUGCCUUUUUAAAAGGAUUAACAUUCACACACCAUCACCCAUUAUGCCAAAAGCUCGUCACUGUUUCUUUCCCUGCUAUCUCCUUCAGCUGCCCCACCCCCCCACCCCUGAUUUCCUCUAGUGUAGUGUAUUGUAAGGGAUCUAAUGUUAGACUGCUCACUUGGGCUUUCUGGCAUGUUACUUGCUUUUUCCAUCCUUGCUUCCACAGAGGAGUUGUGAGGAUCAAAUAAGAUAAUGCCAUGUACACUACUAUGAGGGUUUUGGGUGAGCGGGGUAGGGGGUUGUUCUUGGAAGAAUGACACACUCACAUUUCCUUUCCCUUCCUUUCACUGUUCCCCAUAUCAUUUCUCUCUCAUUUGCAUCCAGACUUCCUUUCCUUUUGUGUUUUUUUUUCUUCCUUGUGCCACUGCCCACCUCUAAAAAAAACCAGAGGACAAUGUUAUUUCUGUGACUGUUUUUGAAACUGAGGUGACUCCUCAGAGAAGAGGGAGCAAUUCUCCCUGAGAAUCCCCCGUUCAUUGAUAUGAAGUGGAUUAGGAAAGAGUUUACAUUGCAUAAAGAACUACUAACUACUUACACUGCUGUUACUUCAGGGGUUUACCUUUCUUAAAGGAACUGCUGCUGGAGUUAAUUGGGUCACAGUGAACGAGGAGGAAUGCUGCUUUCUUUUCUGUUUCUCUGCCAGGUUUGUCGCUGUGGAACAUACAGGGAACAGCCAAAGAAGAAAAAACUUAAUACUGAGGCUUGCAACCAGAUUCAGAUAUCUCUCUUCCAUCUUAUGUGCUUCAUUUUUCUCCUUAGUUACUCCUUUCUAGAAAAAUCAAAUAUUCCUCCCCAGUGGAGAAGUUUCAGGGAAGAGCACUAUGUGGAUGUGAAGAGAGGAGAAAGAGAGCCUUGAGAAAGAAUGGGGCUGAGAGGACUCUGGAAGAAUUAGGGAGUACUAGACUUCAGAACUUGAGGAUUUCUCCUUGUAAGUAAGCUUAUAGCCCAUAGUUUGGUCAUCUGUAUCAUCCUGCCAAGUAGUAAGGAGUAUAUUUUAUCACAGUUUUGUGAUAAAAAGGGUUCUCAGUUGGGUCCUUAUAUAAUUCAUUUCUGUUUUGAUUGGAGUAGACCUUAAAGAAGAAUUAUUGAACUGUGCAGAGUUGGAGUUAUGCACAAAUUAAACCAGAGCUUGGGGCCUGUAGAUACAAAAAUGUAAUUAAUUACUAUUUUUGGUGAUGCUAUGACAUUUCUUAAAUUUGACAUUGCUUAAUGCCUCAGUAUGUCUUAAUUUGGCUGUCCCCCCUGUGCCCCCCUCAAAAUACACAGUUUAAGUGCAAAGGGUCCAUGUACAGGACAAAAUGGGCUUUAGCCCACAAAAGAUUAUGCUAUUGAAAAAGUGAUAGUCUUUAAGGUGGAUAGUGUUGGGAAAGACCCUUUUUUAUCCCAAAGAGCUGCUGCCAGCUAAGAGUAUAUAACUGUUACUUAGAAGGACAGAUGGUACAAUCCAGUACAAGGCAGCUUCAUGUAUUCAUUUAAGGUGCCACAGGAAUCUCCGCAUUGCUAUUUUUGCUGCAACAAGCUAACAUGACUACUCCUUUGAAAUUGUGGGAAAUAAGCAUUAAUGCAAAUAGUAGCCCGUGCCUUUAAAGAGAGAUGUCCCCCUUCACUGGAAAUCACUGAUUCAAGUCCAUUACCCUGUUGGACUGUUAGUGUGUGGAAGGAGCACCAAGGCAGCAGUUACUGGAACCAGAUAGAAAUCAGCCCCCUGCCUUCUACAAAGCUUUUAUAGGAGACAGUUCUUGAUAGUCUGUCCUGUUGCAGGUGUGCAGCACACAAACAAAAUGUGAAUGAGAAGAAUGUAGGUUAGGCUUCAUUCCUCUUCCUGCCAGCUCUGAUCAUACAGAUGCCGUUGAUAGUUGGACAACUUGCAUUUUUGCAGCCUUGUAUGAAAGUGGUAUUGCACUGGACUGUCAAUGUGGUGGUGGCUCCUGGACUUUUUAAACAUAUGGUUAAUGUUCCAGAAUUGAUUUUUUUCUUGUUGACGACAUCAAACAUGUAUUUUAAAACUCCAGUUUUAUUCCCAGAUUCACAGUAGCAGAUGUCUCCCAGACAUAUGGAACUGAAGUGGGGAAAGAAUUGACACAAGUUCUGCAAUUUUAGAGGCUAUUCUUACUGAGAUGAUGUGAGAUUGUAUGAUUUACUGAGCAAGUGUACCACAAAGCUCUCUUCAUGCAACUGCCUUCAUAAUAUCAAGGAGUUACUUUCUUGAUUGCUCAUUCCUUAUGCCGGAUUCUCUACGCGUGAAACAAUAUCCCUGACUCUUCUCAAGCAUCCUGUGGAUUAAUCCAAGUCAUCCUUAUUACAUCUCAGUGAUCAGGAAAAGUAUAACGUAUCCAUGUUAGACAUGCCACUACAAGUUAUUCCCUUAGUAAAGCAUUAGAGGUGGCUCAAGCAAGUGAUGUGAUAUCUCUGCGCAAGAAAAGUAAAAAAAACCUGAUUAGCUUGCUUGGGAACAAAGAAAUCCUUCUACAUCCUUAAGAUCUACAGCAGUACUGCAGUAGUUUGGCUUGCUUUAAAUAUGGCUAGGAUUCCGCUUCCACUUAUGUAUGGGUGGAGGUGGGAUCUCCUGGCAUAGGAUGUUGCUGUAGAGAGCUCAUUUUCAUGGAAGAGUUUCUGCGGGAAGGAGAGAAGGUGCAAGGGCGGGCAUGUUCUUUGCCAAAGCGUUUUUCUUAACCCUUCUAGAGAUGCAGGCUUAUGGAAAGCAUUGCUCCUGUUCCUGGGAUAUCAAAUGAUUUGGGUUAUUAGUUCCCAAACAAAGCAUCUGCAGUUACAUCAUUUGGUUCUCUAGGCAGUAAUACAGACAGGCAGUUCUCCUUUGUGCACACAAAUGUACGUGCCGUUAGGACAGGUGCACAGCUUAAUGUAGUCCGUUUGCGAACAAAACAGUAGCCCAUGCAAGUGACAAACACAGAGCUUGAACAUUUUAGCUAGGACAUACACCAUUAACAUUGGCAAUGGGAUUCUAAUUUACCACAAGACAGACCAAGCCCAGAAUCUGUCUAAUGAAACACCCAGGCUCCAAAUUCUUGUCUUGUGCUUCCUUGACUCAUACAGUGGCAUUAUCUUCAAUGAAUGCUGGUAAUACUCUUCAUGUUUUAAACUCUUUGUGCUAUUGUAAGCAUGCCAUGCUUCUCUGUUAGCAAAAAAUAUAUUCUGUUCAUAUCGUAGUGGUAGGUGUUUCACAGUGACAUAUUUUUAAUAAUUUUUGCUCCAGAAUGCUUUUAUUUCUGUCAGCUCUGGUUUGUCUGUGGCAAACAAUUUCUCAAUGACAGGAAAAAUUACAUAGUUUAAAGUUUUAGUUUUUCACCUUUGCAGCAUAGAACCCAUUGAAGGUAUCAAAUGAACUUGAGAUACCUUUUCAACACUUAAUGCCCUGAAGCUAGAACUGACUUGGGAAGCUCGAAGACUUUUGCAAACUAGCAGAAUCCAUGUUGAAAGUAUUUAAAAUGAUGAUAUAUUUAAUAUUUUUAUGUGUCACACAGACCUUUAGAAUUUUAAAAAUAAUUUGCUGUCCUGACUUGUUCUUUUGAUUUUCCUAGAUUGUUUUGGCUUAGAAGACUGGAGUAAUAUUGCUUAGGAUUGCACUGGUAGUCAUUUACCAGACUUUGUUUAAUAGGUCCUUCUCUCUUAUGUAGUAUCUUGUAUCAUCAUACCUUCUACACUCCCAGUAACACAGCUAGAUAUUUUUCUGAGUACACAAACAAAAUACCAUUUUUUUGUCUCCCACUGGCUUUCAGAGACUUAUUUAACAAUAGGCUCUGUGUUAUUUUUAUUAAUGCCUAGUCUUGAUAAACCUCUAGUAUAACUUAAACUCAAUUAUCACCUCAAAUUUAAUAAAGGGUUGAGUGCUUUCCUUACUAGUCACUAUUUUGCAUGGAUACCUUUCAGUGUCCAGCCUGAGCAAUCAGCAGAUGCUAACUCUUCUGUAACCUAACCAAGGCAGAUCCCUUCUAUAAUAAUGACUUCAGUAUUGGAUGGUACAUAGAAUGUAUUGACAAUAGAUAAUGUAUACACAAGCACAUAGAUCUGACAAGGCAGCUUUGCAUGUUUACUGGCCUAGGAGCAGCACACAUGCAUUUGCCUCUUUCUGGAAUGGCUAUGGAGGUAGUUCACUUUUUUCAGGUGUAGGAUCUCUGCAAACAGAUCCCCAUAAUUGAUUAUAGAGAAAAUGGUUAAAUCUGGUAUUAAGCCAUGAAAGCUUAUGCUGCAGUUGAUCGGUUACUGUACAAUCCUAAACAGAGUUACUCCAGUGUAAGCCCAUUGAAACUAAUGGGCUUGGACUGGAGUAACUCUGCCUAGGAUUGCACUUACAGUUUUUUUAAGGUGUCACAGGACUGUGUUUUCAUAAUAGUAUCUCUGUGGAAGUACACAGUAUGAAUGCAACUUUAUGCAUGAAUCACUCCCUUCUCCACCAUCCUGUGUACUGCUGACAUGGGCUGCUUCAUACUUGUUACGUGUGUGUGGGUGUAUUGCCUAUUUAUCAGCCCAUAUUCUCAUGACAAAAUAAACACUCUAAUAGUCCUCACAUAUGUGGGGUAGCUGCCCCUAUAGCUCACUGGCGAAGCAAUUCAUGUGUCGCUCCAAUUUGCAUAUUCUAUUUCCCAAAGGCCAGCUAUAAAACAUACUUCUGCUUGGGAAAGGUAAGGUUUGAAUUAGACCAAAUAUUACAGCAGACCAAUGUAGUAGCUGCUUCUACAGUGUUUGUUUUUAAAUGUAAAUUAUACUAAGAUGAUUCUAAUAUCCUGAGGGUAUAUUAUCUUUAGUUACAUAUUCAGAUAGUUACAGUUCACUUCAGAAAGUUGCUGUUUAAUUGUAAAACGUAAUGCAGUUAGGCAAGUAUAACAAAAAUAAAUUAAAAAUGGGGAUCUUGCUAAUUAAAAAUAAGCUUUUGUGCCCCUUUUAAUAGACUGAUAAUGGUUUGUUAAGGAUAAAAUAGCUCUGCUCAGUUAGCUUUAUUGCAUGAAAAUAUUUCAGUUGAAUUAAAACAAAGCUUCAAGUUGCUGUGCCUAUUAAUGGGUAGGUUCUGUGUUUUGAGUUUUUUCUUUUUCAAAGUCCAGAUUAUUGCUUAACUAAUUUUUUAAAAACACUCGUAUUUGUAAGCAGCUUAUGAAGAAUGUUCAGUAAAUCACCUUUCCACCACAAAACUCUGUUUUAUUAUAAAAGGGACUGCUUCUAUCUAUCAUUAAAAUAUAUCUAAAUUGUAGUAAAUUAGUGGUAGAGCUCAAGUAUUCGCAUGUCUUUUGGGGUGGGGGGCGGUUACAGCUUGAUAGUGGACAAUUGCAUAACAAAAAAGCAACUUCCACAACUACCUCUCACCCUGUGAAAUAGAAAUAGGGAACUUACUCCCAAGACUACAGCCUGUUCCUAUCAUCAUUUCUUUGUGCGUGUGUAUCUUGGUGUUCGUUAGCUUAAGUGGUCCUGUGAAAUACACAAAUAAUGAAAAUGGAAAGAUGUUGCAUCCUGAAAAUGUCUAUUCCAGUGAUUUUUAGCACAUGGUAUUCUGAGAUCUUAACAUGUAGGUGUUUACACGAUACUUUUAUAAAUGAUAAAUUUUGAGAGGGGAACCACCUGGUGAUGACAUUGGCCCUUCAGUCCUUGUAUGAACUGGCCUUUUCAUUCAUCUCAAAAGCCCUUUCCUAGUGAGCCAGCAGAUUUUCUAAUGUCAAACCACAACUGCUGUUGGAACUCUUGGGAGAGAGUGCUUGCAUGUCUGUAUAGAUUGGUCAUGCAUGGUCAAUACGUGGAAACCCUGCUGGACUUGUUUUCCCAGUGUCCUAGUGCUAGUUACUAAGAACAUGCCACUAAUUUUACUAGUAUGAGACAAAUAUUGAGAGCCAAUUCAUAUAUUACUGCAUAUGAGCAUGUGAUUGGAUCUCCUACCACUUUAGUAUCAACAGUAAGAAGAAUUGUAUGUUUGAGGCAAAUGGCAUGGUUUCAUUCUAUGCCAAGGAGCUAUGGUUGCCCUCUCUGAAAGCCAUUGUCUACUUUCCCCCUUACACAUCUCCUUUGCUUAAGCAGAUUUUACUCCACACCGUAUUGAUCAAAACUGAUAACAAAAUCUGAUUAAAAUUAUUGGCUGGUCCCCAUCUUACUUAUGCUCCUGUGCACCUGUACAUAAGCUGCUGUGGCGUACUUAAAUAUGAGAUGUUCCAACUUACUAUCAGGAGCACACAAAUAGGACUAUGAGUAUUUUAUUCAGUACAACCCUUUACUAUAACGUUUGUGUUUAUUCUUUAAACCUUAGUUAUUCUAAAAACUUCAUUUCUUGUACAAUAAGGCAAAAUUGUAUAAUGUGACUUUGUUUUUUUUUAAAAUCCCUAGUCUCUGCUCUGGGAAAUUAUUUCCACAUUAAUUUGAAUAAUACAGGGAAAACCAGCAGCUCUGUUUUAUAAAAUGGCGUGUGUAAGAGUUUGCAAAUCAUCUGGCUUCUUUUCUUACUCUAUAGCUUUUGUACUUCAUAUUGCACCUAAAGAAAAUAAAAUGUAAGAAUGGUGUAAGUUUGAUUAUUAUUGUUUAAUUAUAUAGGCUAUACCAGUCCUAAUUGACAUACCGCCUUUCAUAGCAGAAAGCUCUGCAGCUACUAAUAUGCAUGAGAGUCUGUCUCCCCCCACCAAAUAGGUGGGUAGCACUGACAGAACUUGUGCCAACCAGCUAUUCUGUAGCAUGAGGCUGUAGGACAGAUUUGUACUGCCCAGGCACUUCCGGAUGCUGGAUGAGGAACUUCCUCUUCAACUUGCAGCGGCCUUGUGCGUGUGGGAAGGGGGUCCAUGCAAAGAAAUCGGCACCUAUGCAUUGUUCACUCCUCGCUGAAUCAGAGCAAAAGUGUCUCUGCAAUGAGGAUUUAAUAUUUUUCUUUGUACUGUCCAGGUCUUCGUGUUAUGCUUGAAUUGCUCCUUAUCCUGUGACUGUGUAACUUCAUAGUGAUCAGUCAGUCUAGAAAUGCAAAUUCAGUCGAGGUGGAUAGAUGAGUCUUGGAAGAACGUCCAUGUAUUUUUAUCAAAGUGCUUAAUGAAAAACCGAAGUAGCUAUAAGGAGCAGAAACCUUAUUUCCAGUGUGAAAAUAUCAGUGUCAUGUCAAAUGUAUGAGCCUGCUCUGAACUUGGUGUUCUUCUGCAAAAUUGCAGGAUGCUGUGCAUGCUUAUUAGAACCGGUACCAUAUGUAUGUGGUAGAAGUUGUAACCAGUUUCUGGAUUUGUAAGUUAUUGUAAAAUACAUAUUUUAUAAUUCUGUGACUGUAUGGCAGUGUUCUGCCAAGAUAUGUGACAUCAAAAAAGCAAUGGUUUAUGUUGCUUAUUGCUGUACCAUGAAGUAAAUAUAAACAAACCUUUUCAAGUGGCACUUUUAGCUUGCACCAAAGCUUAUAAUAAAGCACCUUUUGCGUUAACCAUGUCA